AUGGCUCGAUAUUCUGAACGGGUCGAGCAAAUGCGUCGAGAUCUGAAAGAUCCCGGCGAACAGUUUGGUCUCAUUAUUCUUGGCAAUUCUGGAGCUGGCAAAAGUUUUCUAGCCAAUAUUCUACUCGGUCGUGAACAGUUUGCUCACAAAUUUACUUCAAGAUCAGUUACUCAUGAAACAGAAUUUGCUGCAAUCACAAUCGGCCAUUAUCAACUGGCUAUAUUCAACAUACCCGGUCUGAUCGAAGCUUCGCAAGAACGUAUUCAUUUAUGGCCAACAGAAUGGUCGUAUCAAGGACGAAGAUAUUACUGCAUUUAA